UUUAAGAUUGUAGCUUUUCAUGCAGCUCUCUCCAUAGGCAGAAAACGUUUGCUGUCUUCAUUUAUGUACUAUCGAACGUCAUUUCAUAGAAAAAGGAACACUAUGUGGUUUCAUCAUCUUCUAGUUGUACUGGGAGCAGCCCUGGUAAAUGGAGAAUCACCUUGCAUUAUUGGGAAGCAGUUGGCCUACUGUGAGUCCAUGUCGCUAACGCAGAUUCCAGAUUUGCCCUCCGACAUCAUUGAAGUCUACCUAGCUCUGAAUUACAUCAGGGUUCUGAAUGAAAACUCAUUCCCAAGACUGGAACAAUUAAAAGUAUUAGACCUUGGAAUGCAGAGGACACAGUCGCUAAGUAUUGGAAAACAUGCUUUUAAGAACCUUACGAAUCUUGCUGUGCUGCAUUUGGGAAACAAUGAGCAUCUUGUUUUACACCCUGAUGCAUUUGUGGGAUUGUUUAAUUUACAGCAACUUAUUUUACUACGCAAUAAUCUAUCGGCAUCCAUUUUAGAAGCAGAGUUCCUCAGAGAUUUGGUCUCGCUAGAGGCUCUCGACCUUCGUUACAACAACAUAGAGCGGCUGAAGCCUAACAUGUUAUUUCAGAAAAUGACACAUUUUAAUUUUUUGGACUUGAACCUUAAUAAAAUAGAAAAAAUAUGUGAAGGAGAUUUGUAUAGUUUCCAUGGAAAAAAUUUAAUUUUUCUCAGUAUCGCCUCCAACCCUCUACGAGACAUGAAAGAAUACAACUUUGACUGGAUGACAUGUGGAAACCCAUUAAGGAAUGUUACCAUUCAAACUCUGGACAUGUCAUUGAAUGGAUUCAGUACUGAUGUAACAAGGAACUUCUUUUUAGCCACAAAGGGGACCCGUAUGAGCCACAUUGACUACAGUCCUACUAUAAUGGGUAGUUCAUUUGGGUUCUCAAACAGUAAAGAUCCAAACAGUGAAACAUUUCUUGGCCUUGCAGAAAGUUUUGUCAGGAGUCUAGACUUGUCGAAAGGCUUUAUCUUUUCACUUAACCCGUUUGUGUUUGAACCACUUAAAUAUAUUGAAGACCUUAUAUUAUCUGAUAACAAGAUCAACCAGAUUAAAAACAAUGCAUUUGCUGGUCUUCAAAACUUAAACAAACUGAACCUUUCUAAUAACCUUUUGGGUGAGAUUUAUGCAUACACCUUUGAUGGUCUUGGUAAUGUUACUGAAAUUGACUUGACAAACAAUCAUAUCGGUGUUAUUCAGAGUAAAUCUUUCAGGGGAUUGUCAAAUUUAUUUAUUUUGAAUCUUCGGGGAAACGCCAUCAUUGCCCUCCAUGUAUUUGCUGCCAUUCCUAAUCUUCAGUAUGUUCUGUUGGGUGAGAACAGAAUUCAAUCAACAUACGGCCUUGAAAUCUUUUCAGACAGUUCUAUAUUUAUUGACUUAUCUGAUAAUAAAUUAAAAUCACUAAGUCUAUUCUAUGAUGUGAUGCAGUUUCCAAAUCUUCAAUAUCUUUUGCUGAGACAUAAUAAACUGUCUGAUUGUUUUCAACAUUCAGAAAUACCAAAGAAAAACAACUUAAUACACCUAGACUUGGAAGACAACGUGUUGCAGGUUGCAUGGGAAGCAAAAACAUGUUUAGACAUGUUUGAUAACCUUGGUAAGUUGAUGGAACUUAAGCUUAACCAAAAUUUACUUCGGUUUCUCCCGAAAGACAUUUUUAAGGGGCUAAUUUCUCUGCAGAGGCUGGUUCUCUCCUCCAACUUGCUUGCCCACCUUCCUACAGAUGUAUUCCCCAGGAGCUUAAAGAUUCUUGAUUUAUCUCAAAACAUCCUUUUGUCACCCAACCCUGAUACCUUCAGUUUUAUUAAGUUUCUAGACCUUGGAAAGAAUCAAUAUAUCUGUGACUGCCAUUUACAAAACCUCACACUGUGGAUAAGUAAAACAAAUGUGACUUUUCUUAGUGAUUUCAGUGAUAUGUACUGUUCUUUUCCUCAGCAUUUGAUAGGGAUUCCACUUGCCAACAUCACUUUCGAUGAAUGCGACGAAGAGGAUCAAAGGCUUGUAAUGAAAUUAAAGCUCUCUCUUUUUAUUGGCUGCACGACUACUCUGAUAAUAAUUAUAACCUCAGUCAUUAUUUUUACACAGUUCCGUGGUCUGUGCUUUAUCUUUUAUAAGAAAAUUUCCAACAAGCUGCUUGCUGGCCCUAAGGAAGAGGCUGGUAGGCACGGUUACAAGUACGAUGCAUACAUAUGUUUCAGUAACAGUGACUUUAAAUGGGUGGAAGCAGCCUUACUUCAGCAGCUAGAUAAACAGUUUUCUGAGAACAACAAGUUUAAUUUGUGCUUUGAAGCAAGGGAUUUUAUUCCUGGAGAAGACCAUAUCUCAAAUAUACGGGAUGCUAUUUGGAACAGUAAGAAAACUAUCUGCAUUGUGACCAGAGAAUUUUUGAGAGAUGGCUGGUGCAUUGAAGCCUUCAACUUGGCCCAAAGUCGAUACUUUGUCGAAUUGAAAGAUGUUCUUGUCAUGGUGGUAGUUGGAAGAAUUCCCCAGUUCAAGUUAAUGAAAUGUAGUCAAAUCCGAGCUUUUGUUCGAAGCAGACACUAUUUACACUGGCCAGAAGACAUACAAGACAUAGACUGGUUUUAUGAUAGACUCAUCAAUAUGAUUCUGAAUGAUAAAAAACAAAAAAAGCAAAAUGACAUCACCUUACACAAUGUGACAGUUACAACCUGAUUAUUUUAAAAAGCACAGGUUUAUGUCAGAUAUGUUCAAAUUCCACUGCUGGAUCAAAAAGAAAAAACAAUUCUCCCUCGGCCCAAAAGGUUGUACUGUUUCAACAGUAUCUCUUCCUACAUUUCUUACAUGGCCAUUCUACUUCCACGUGUUUUUAUUUUUACAGUACAGCGUUUAGCAGGGUCACGGCUCAUCCAGUAUAAGCACUACUGCAUGGAGUGCAAGGUAGCUUGUACAAUCUCCAGCUUGCCGGUUCGAAUCAUGGUCCACAAGGAUUGUUGCAUUGGCCUUUUCUCUCUCAUGGGUUUGGGAGGAAAAUUGUCAGGAAUAGUUCACCUCAGUGACCCCUACUCAUCAGUCACCCCACGUAUUCAUCAGAACUAAGUGCUGACUAGCCGGUUAAAUGAUCUUUUUUUAACACAAGUGAAUGACAAAGGCUAUGACAGGAGCCAUCUAAUAAGUAACCAAGUCUUUUCUGAAUGUAGGCUUUUAUGGUUUACUUAAAUGAUCAAUUAACUGUUCUAACUGAAACAUAAUUCCUACUAGAUUAUACUUUUUUUUUUAUAAAUGUUAUACAUGUUGUAAUAUGAAAUGUUUACAUAUUGAUAAAAUUAUGUAUUUUGUUAUUUCAAUGUUUUUCCAUUUGAAUGUAUUAAUAUCUAUUUAUGCAAUGAAAUUGUCAACACAAGCCAUUACCUCGAGUAUUACUUGAUUUCAUAAUCUUUGUGUAUUGUGUUACAUGGCAGUGAUACAAGGUACACGUAGAUUCCUAAGCCAUUGGCAUUGAAAGGGCUUUUUAAAAAGGUACAUUUAAAAAGGUUCCAAAACAGUAAUACUUCAUAUUUUAUGUCAGUGACAGACAUCCCCCAUCAUAUCUGAAAAUGAAAAAAUUGAACACCAUGACGUACAUGGACUUUAUGCACAUGUUAAAAUGGCAUCCAGGGGCUCCCGAGUGAUGCAUCCGGUAAAGGCGCUCCGCAGGAUUCGCCCUAUAGCCUGAACAUCGCCAGUUUGCCCAGGCUAUUCCACUGCCGACCGUGGACGGGAGCUCCCAGGGGGCGGCGCACAAUUGGGGGGGAAGGGCUUAGGUCGGCCAGGGUGUUCUCAGCUCACCGCGUACCAGUGACCCCUGUGGUCUGGCUGGGUGCCUGCAGGCUUACCUGUAAGCUUCCCAGGACUGCAUUGUCUGUAGCUCUGAGGUGGCUGCCUGGUGGGCUUGCAGUGUGAAAAAGAAGUGGUCGGCUGAUGGCACACGCUUCGGAGGACAGCGUGUGUUCAUCUUUGCAGCUCCAAAGUCAGUGUGGGGGUGGUAGCGGUGAGCUGAGCCUAAAAAUAAUUGGCUAUUCCAAAUUGGGAGAAAAUGAUAAAAACAAUUGACGACUACUACAUUUAAAAAAAAAAAAAAUUACAUCCAGACAGACAGAUGCCUUCAAAUAUUGGCUAGAGAUUCUCAUUAACUUGUGCUAAAGAAUGUGUAAACCAACUUUCAUUACCAGCACUAUACCGUGUGCCUCCAUAUUUAUAUUCUUUUAAAAACAACCUCAUGUUUCAACAUAAUCUAUACAGACAGACAGACUCUAUUUACCUACACAGUUCAAUUGAACAAGGCUUUUAUAUAUAAGCAAAACUGUAUGACAUACAACAAGAUCUGGAAGCUGAAAAUGCAGCAAAACACGAUAGCUCAGUUCCCAGAAUGCUUCAGAAAUGUGAACAAUAGAAACACUGUUCUUUUUCAUUAAAACUAUCAAGAUAAAGGUUAUUAAUUAAUUUGAAUUGCAUAACCCUAAAAAACAACAGCACAACUUUGAAACACAAUGAGGGUGAACCAAAUGUCCACCUUUGACACAAGUUGUGGUAACUAGUUUGUUGAUAUGAGCUUUACUAUUUUGGCUAGGCAUAGUAAACUUUAAUAUUGUUUAUGUUGUGUGUGACUGCGGCAAAGUGCCCGCCCCCUAUGUAUAUAGUAUAUGUGCGCUGUUAUUAUUUAUUGUGCUAUGAUUUAUUGUUUAUAAAUGACGGCGAAUAGCCAUGUGUGUUUUCUUAUUGUUUGGCAGCAUGUGUGGGGUUAAAAGUCCCAUCAUAAAAACCUUGUGCAGAAGGUGACCAUCUCCCGAGUUAAUUAAUGGAUUAAUUGUUGCUAAUCGGGAGAUGGUCACCUGUAUAAAAAGCCUACAGUUUUCUGCGCUAUGGGUGGAGAGUAGUGGAGAGAACUAGAGCAAGAGAAGGCACCUGAAACAAAAGACUAAAAAUCAAGGAUCAGUGAAGGCUGCUGCCCAGUCUGACUUAUAUUGCUUAGUGUUCAUGAUUUUGUUUUGUUUGACUAUUUAUUUUUACUGUGUGUUUAUUUUUGUUCAAACCUUUUAUUUUGUUUGAAAAUAAACUGCGCCGCAGUCCUUUUUG